AUGUAUAUAGUUUUCUUAUGUGUAAGAAUAAAAGUCGAAGAAACACGUUCUACUGGUAUUGGAGAAAAGGGAUUUACUAAGCUCUCAAAUGGUGCAAACAGCAAUUAUCAACAGCUUUCAAAAUAUUUAUCUGUACCUUCUACAUUCAAUGCUAUUCGGCAAACUAUUCAAAGAGUACAUCAUUUAGACCUUCCCACAGAACUACUAACUUUAGAUAGUUUUGUUAUUCUCGAUCAUAUGAAACAAACUUUAAAAGGGUCAGAUUUUUUAAUUAGCGAUACUACUGUAAAUCAAAGCAGAAUAUUAAUUUUUACAACAGCCAAUAACAUUCGUCAUUUGAACCAUUCACCUUAUUGGAUCAUGGAUGGGAUCUUUAAAAUAGUUCUGAACAUUUUUAAGCAAUUAUACACUAUUCACGGUUGUAUCGGUAGUAAUGAAAACUCAAGAAUUAUGCCUUUGGUUUUCUCCUUAAUAACUGAAAAGUCUAUGGAAUUUUAUAGAAGGUUGUUUCAAGGUUUGAUAGAUUUUGCUAAGGAGCACGAUGUCACUUUGAGUCCACAGAUAGUUCUUACAGAUUUUGAGGAUUUCAGUAUUUUAAUAAGGCAUAUUUCUGUCCUCGCAUUUUUGCCACAUAGUGAAAUACCUGCCAUGUUCGAUAAAUUAAAGGUUCAUAUUCUAGUUGAGGCUCGUGACAUCGUUCAGUGGUUUGAGGACAAUUAUGUUCAUGGUAGAGUUAAACAUGUGCAUAGGAAUGGCACUUUAGUUCGGUCUGAACCAUCCUUUCCCCCCAAUUUUUGGUCUGUAUCUGAAAAUGUUGAGUUUACUUACCCGAGAACUCAGAAUGUGGUGGAGGAACUUCAAAAAGAACAGAACAAGGUUGAGGUUAGCAUUGAGGUGAUUUUACGAGGUGCGCCAAGGCCACCAUUGAGAAGGCAGGCUAUAGAGCGUGAACUACGUAUACAUUCAGUGUAUAAUGAUUGUAAUCGUUGGUCUCUCAUGGAAUACCUUCUUGGUAUUAUAAAUAAUCUCUAUUUUUAG